GGCGCAAAGCACGCUGGACUCCGGCAGCCUCGGCUCAAGAGCCUCCUUCCUUCCAACGCGGCUGCUGAGGACCUGGCGGUGCUAGGAGUUUUAACUGAUCUAGCCAGCUGGCAACCAUGAAUGAAUGGAUGAAGAAAGGCCCCUUAGAAUGGCAAGAUUACACUUACAAAGAAGUCAGAGUGACAGCCAGUGAGAAGGAGUAUAAAGGAUGGGUUUUAACCAUAGACCCAGUCUCUGCCAAUAUUGUCCUUGUGAACUUCCUUGAAGAUGGCAGCAUGUCUGUGACCGGAAUUAUGGGACAUGCUGUGCAGACUGUUGAAAUUGUGAAUGAAGGGGACCAUAGCGUGAGAGAGAAGCUGAUGCAUUUGUUCAUGUCUGGAGACUGUAAGGCGUACAGCCCUGAGGAUCUGGAAAAGAGAAAGAACAGCCUGAAGAAAUGGCUGGAGAAGAACCACAUCCCCAUCACUGAAGAGGGAGAUUCACGAAGGACUCUCUGUGUGGCUGGGGUCUUGACUAUAGACCCACCAUAUGGUCCAGAAAAUUGCAACAGUUCUAAUGAAAUUAUUUUGUCCCGUGUUCAGGAUCUUAUUCAAGGACACCUUGCAGCUUCCCAGUGAGAGGCCAGGAACUAUGGAUGCACUGAUUGAAAUAAGACUUCAUUUU